UUCAGUGUAAUAUGUAUAGGUAUAGGGUAUUAUUACUCAAAACUGAAUGAAGCUGCCACCAUGGACGCACAGCAAAACCUGACGGAAGAGCAAAAGGCGAUGGUUGAAGCUUAUUGCCAUGGGAUCGAUGAAUUUCUUGUAAGUUUCAAAGAAAGUCGAAAAUUAGAGGCUUUUACCCUUAUCGAUGAUUGUAACAUUCUCGACAAGAUCUACCCUCUGAAAACUGGGGACGCAAAAUCUGCCAUUAUCAAAUACUUGGUCUCUUAUGAUGAAAUAUUUGAGAUAUUUACGUUGGUUUGGAAGAGUCUUGUACAUGAAAACAUCCCCUAUUUCCUCGACUCAGAGACGUUGUUGGGAUUGGCGGUUAGUAUUACCAAUCUAAUAGAUUGUUCGGACGAGUUCGCCUAUGCCUUUGGCGAGAAGGGUCUUCUUACUAUGGUCAUUCGAGAUCUCCAGACGAAUCUAGGCGACGGACACAUCCAUCACGUACUGAACAUCAUCUACAACUGCUGUAGGAGAAUACCCGAGAACAGAGUCAUGUGUCGAGAGUUCGUUGUUACCCUCCAGGAGUAUUCACAAUCGAAGAACUCUGAGAUUCAGGCCCAUGCCUUCUUGGCGCUUUCCUUCAUCGUCGACAAAUCAGAAAUUCAUAAGAUAUCCCUAAAUGAACCGUGUCUGAAAUUCCUCUUGCUGGCUCUUAAGUCGGCCAUGAGUGAACCAGAUGGCAGGUCUCGGGUCGGCAGUUACUCGACACUCGAGGUCCUCCAAGGACUCAACCAGCUGGCCAUCAACGACUGCAACAAGCUUCUCAUCGUAAAACUUGGUGGGAUAGACGUCCUGGAGCGAAUCCUGAUGGAAGAAGGAUCUAACGACGAAGAAAAGCUUUGGGCUGCCCGAGGAAUAUGGCAACUGGCUUUCAAAGAAGAGAACAAAGUCAAUAUACAUCAGCGUUCAAAACUCCUUAAAACACUGAAGAAGAUUAGAGAAACGACUGAGAAUUGUGAUGUCAAGGACGCCUGCUCGGGUGCACUCUUCGUCAUCAAUGACGUGUUUGACAUCGAUGAAGAGUUCAAAGGUCACACCCCUACACGUGGAGAUCGUGGUCCAAGUUCGGUGAAGAGGGAGGAUUCGCCUGGUCAUGUGGAGGGUCAUAUCAUGAUUAGCUACCAGCAUGCAAGCCAGGAGCGAAUGCUGCAAGUCAAGCGCCAUCUGGAAGAAUCUGAAUACAACGUAUGGAUGGAUGUGGACAAAAUGAAAGGCGAUAUACUGGAUUCCAUGGCCAAGGCAGUCCAGGGAGCUUCGGUCGUACUGGUUUGCAUGAGUCAUAAAUUCAAAGAAAGUCAAAACUGUCGUACAGGUGAGAACAAAUAA